CGGCGCAUCUUUGAUGUACCUAUUACGCAAUUUGGCUUUCCCAAGUCGGAAAAGUACGGCAAGCUGACCAAGGCUACCCUGGACAUCAGCCAAGACCCGUACGAAGGAAACGGCUGCAUCGCUGACAUUUUUGAAUACCUCGUGCCUCGUGCGGAGAGCGAAUGGCGGCGCGCCAUGAAGGCCUUUCCUUCAGAGAAAGAGGAGGACCUGGUCAUCGCUCUAGCUAAGACUUACAAAGCGAGAGACGACCGCUUCCCCAUAUCGGAGAACCAACAACAGCAGUUCCGGAACCUGCUACGGCGCUUUCCGAUCGACGCCAGGGAAUACGUAGCCGAGAAUGGGCUCGUAGGAAUGGAGAAGGGACCGUACAGCGAGUCUGUAUUUCAAGCCCCAGGUCCGAAGGACUAG